AGGCGCGGCUCUGGCGGGACGCACCCGCCGGGCGCCGCCAGUCCUCUCCGAGCGCGCGCCCCGUGCACACAGGGGAGGGAGAAGGGGUGGACGGCCACGCACUCGCACCGCCGCCUCCGCGCGGCGCGACGUCCUUCGGCCCGAGCGAGUGCCGACAAACGGCGAGUGCCUGACUCUUUGGAUUACACGCUCCUGCUCGUCACUUCGUCAACGAGACAACUUACUUAACGACGUGGUGCUCGUAUAAAACUACACAUGUGAGGCCGCGCGUCCCCGGGACCGCCGCCGCCGCAGCAGCAGCAGCGCAGAGACGCCGUUUUCCUGGUACGGCCAUUCAAGAGGACCCGCCGUUUGACGACACGGCCGCACCAUGCCGGUCGGGGGGCGAGUUUCCGGGAAGGUCGGCAUCUACUCCAACGUCAGGCGGAGUGGCCACCACAGUGGCAUCAACGAGGAGAUCAUCUGGGUGAGCAUCGGGAUGGCGGUGACCAUCGCCAUCCUCAUCACCAUCGCGCUCUGCUACAUCGCGCGAGAGAAGUGGAGGCGGCACAAGGAGCUGCGCAAGUCCAAAUGAGAACUGCUGGGGCGGACCAGCAAGAAGUCCGCCCCGAAGGCCGUGACCACGGUGACGACCCCCUGCGGCGUGGGCACGACGGAGUGCUACCCGGUCCUGGUGAUCCCGCCGCCGGGCGCCGCCCCGGGCGUGCCCGGACAGUUCCGCCGCGGGCCCGUCGCCGUCCCGGUCGCCCACAACCACAGCAACCCGCUGGGCGCGGCGGCCGCCGCCGUGGCCGCCAACCACAACAGCGCCGUCGUGGCGGCCAACGCCAACUGCACGACGCCGCACCGCGCAGCCGCCGCCGCGCCCACCCACCGCACGCCCGGGGGAACGCCCGCCAGGACGCCGACGACGAGGACUCCGGCCAGGACGCCCGUGCGGACGCCCGUGCGGACAGUGCACAACAGCGUAGCCGCCUGACAAGAGUGGAGCCCCGUGUACUCGCACGGGAGGUUCUCGCCGCCCUGACGGGAUCCUGGACAGGCGGGCCAAGUCAGACAAGCGCCGCGGGCAGGCUGACGCUGGCCCAGCGGAAAAUGCAAUCAAUCUUACGUUAGAUACAAGAUUCUGAAUUUUGACGCAAAAAGGUCCCAGUAUUUGGCGAAAUUUAGACCAGUUCACGUCAAUUUGAUGUAAUUUUGAUUGGUGGUUGGUCGCUCGGCUGGAGGACGAUGACGAGCAGCAGGAAGAAGCUCCUUGUCUCCAAGUGGCUCGGAUCGGACCCCCAAAAGCCCAGCUAACCACCACACCAAACUUAGCGACGUCACGAGGUGCCCCGUGUUUACCGAUUACAUUUAAAGGAAUAAUGAAGUCCAACUCACCGUAUUUAUUAUUUUCUGGGUGAUAAUUGGUAAUAAUUGAUCUCUCGGUCGCAAAUUCUGAAGGAUCACCGUAGCACACACAACACUCGCCCCAUUACACUGUUACUCGUCGACGUCGACUGUGUUUUUCCUCUCAUCCGUCCGCUGUAUUUCUCAUACCGCCGCAAUCGUCAUCAACUUUCAUGAUCAGUUGUCCGUGAGCGGGCGCCGUCACCGGAUGGUUGCGUAUCGUACGAGUUCGCGCCGCGCAGCUUUUUAACUCACUCGUUUUAUUUUUAAAUUUUCGAUUAAACAAUAACAAUGUAUUGUUUCUUUAUAUUCAUCGUCGUUAGUGGCGUUUUAGUGUUUAUAAAGUGUGCAAGUGGACCAGAAAUGAACUUGAAAAAUGGCAUUGUGAUUCACAGAUGCUGGAUCUUGUUUGGUAAGAGAACAUAUGAAUUUGUUAAAGUGAUCGUGUUUCAUUUAUUCUGCGACGGAUCAAAGUUAGAAUUAGAAUCAAAUUCUAGUAGUAUAAUGAUGAAAGGGAUCAUGUGCAUAUUGUGUACUUUCGGUACGGACAAGUGUGUAUGCUAACCCCAAACCAGACCAUAAUGCCCUCUGAAUCAAAGUUGUAUUUCAGAUUGACUAUUAUGCAAGGUGUUGGUUGGUUAGAUUGUGAAAGACCUUAUUAUUUUUUUAUUACAAAGGUUUGCUUAGUCUUUAAAGAAGUUGACAGGCCUGGCUAGGCUGACUUUCGUGUUACAAAUAUACACCAUAAGCACUUUUGUUAAAUCGUUUUUAAGUUAAUAUUUGAUUGAACUAAGGCUCAAGCCAGGAACGAUAUCUAAACGAAAAAUAUUGCUUCGAACUGUUUGGAACUCUUCGGUUUGCAAUGUUAGUUGAUUUGUGCGUUAACAUUCUGAAGGACCUUAUGCUAAUGUGAUGGAUCCUCGAGAUUUGUCAAAAAGUUUUCAAUCGUAAACCCUUAAAGUUGGUGUUUGUUGGACCAUUUUAUCUCAUGUUUUUGUCUUUUUAUUUAUAAAGAACUUUGAGUUAAAUUUUGGGAAAAUUGAUAAUAAGUUGUAACCAUCAAGCAAUGACUGCCGUUACGUUAUCUGGCUUGUGUGUUUUCAAAUGCAGGGUUCUCUUUGAUUUACCAUUGUCUUUUAAAUCCCAACAAGCUGUGUGUUAAUGGACAUUUGUUACAUAAUUGAGACACAGACCUUUGCCAAAGCAAAAAGGAUACAUAGAUAGGCGCUGAGGGAAUGCCCAACAGACACACAAUACAUGGAUAGAUGCUGAGGAGGGAAUGCCCAACACUUCUGUCCAACCAGUUUGACCAACUAACUCACAUUCAGAUUCAUAUUUAGACCCAAUGUUAUGUGUGAUUAUGUCUUUCUGUUGAGCACCAAAUCAUAAUUAUACUGUCUCUAGUAACGAAACAGAGUGUUAUUGAUGUCUAGACUUUAGAUGCGGAAUAAAUUAUCCACAAUUUUUUGA